ACCUACUGUUGCAUUUUUCGCAACUUUUCCUGUAUGCUUUUAAUAUGUGUGAGAUACAUACGUAUGGAUCUGAAACAACUUGUAACUUAUUCUGGUCUAUUUCAGAAAGAGGAAGAAAAAUUGCGAACUCAGUUACGAAGGGAAAAUCAACAACGGCGUAUGCGUGAAAGAAGCAAUGCACGUGGUUUAACCGCUAGUUAUUUAGAGCCAGAUCGUUAUGACGAUGAUGAAGAAGGGCUGGAACAAAGUCUGUUGGAAAUGAAAAAACAUUAUAAGAAAGGGUUAGCCAAAAGUACGUGUAUGAUUUGUUCUAUUUCAUUCUUUUGGUCGUUGAUUAGAGCGUUUAUUAUUAGCAUGACAAAAUUACUGGAUGCUGAUUGGUUGAGAGGAGUACAUGAAUGAUUUCAUUAAUUGUACUGCAGUACAAUUAAUGAUUUUGCCAAAACAAACAAAGGGCCAAAACAAACUAAAUGAAAAUACGCACAAAAGCACAAAAUUUUGAUUGCAAGUUUGGCAGGACUGGGCUUUGGCGAGAGAAUAUGAUGUUGACAUUGAGAAUUUCCAAUUUUGUCAUGCUAAUGAUAAACAAGUAACCUGGCGACUCGUUCAAUUUUGGCAAAAUUUCCAAAUAUCACUCGUACUAUUAAUCCCUAUUUGUACUCGCCAUCGCAUGAUUACCUAUAUAUACUUACAAAGGUUUGGUACGGCAAUGACUAAUUCAUGCCAGUAUAAUUUUUUGUAUGCAGUGAUAACCAAUUUGUGCAGUAAGAAAGUGAAAGUGUGUAGUGAUAAACAGUAAGAAUGUGCUGCAUGUGAUAGCAUUUGUCGUGAUAAAUUUUAAUUAACACUGCCUUACAGUGCGUACCCAAAUGUCCUAUCGAGAUUGAAGGAGACCAUUUCUACUCCUUAAAUAUUUUCAAAUUCAGUUCUGUAUUCAGGCGCGCAUAUAUAUUCAGUAAACUUUUUCGCUAUUGCUAACUAUCAUACUGUGUAACUUGACUGGGACUAAAUUAUCACUGCAUGGUUGGGACUCGUGUGUUGGCUCCUUAAAUUUUAAACUGCCAAUUGUAUAAUAUCACUUUUGUUUUGCCCGUAAGCACUAUAUAGGAGUGUCUAUUGAAUUUCCCGUAUUCCGGUUGGUCGGAAUUGAGCGUUAUGGCCACUGCAUGACUUCUUCUGUUAAAAUGCUGAGAAAAUGCUGAAUUUCGCACAAACUUUUCAACUGAUUUCAUAAUUUUUAUGUUUAUUUUACUCUUGCGACUACAAGCAUCUUUAUUCACUUGCGCGUAGGCUUGUAAUCACCUUUCAAAUCUUUGCAUAGGUCGUCUUGGUGAUGUGUACUCUGAUCAAGAGAGCGAGGAAGAAGGUAUUUCUGGAGGACUGGAAAGUGAUGACGAUAGUGCUGAGAAUUCCGCAGACAAAGGAGCAGGCAUGUCUGAAAAUGACUCAACAAGACAACGAAAGCACAGCUUUGAAGAACCAGUCGUGAAGAAGAAACGGAAAAAAGUUAUUGCUGAAAGUGACGAGGAUGAAAGUGACUAAUAGUGUAAAUUGAAUAUCAUAAUAAGAGUAUAGAAAUACUUACCAUUGGAAGAAUUAAGAGAUUAUGGCUGUGUUUUCCUGAAGACGUAUAUAGUUGCAUGUGGCAAUUUAUCCUGAACAGUACCAUUGGAAACUUUACGAAAUUAUGCAAGAGCUCUCUGGCACUAGCUUGUCAGUAUUAUAACGCUAUCAGGGGCAUAUCCUCCGUCAUCGAAUAUAGUUUCAGUACUUCCCAAACAUGGCAGUUUUAAUUUGAACUAUCAAAUUUAAGACGCAGAUGACUGCUCAGUUUGGUUUGAAUAUUGUCGUCGCCAACGUGUCUGAAACAUAUAGUCUUUACUGUAUUGCAGGGACCAUGGAGCAGGCUGGCUUUAGCCCCACCAAUAUUUUUUUCCAUAAUUAGUUUUCUUUUAUAAUUUUCGGUAUGUUUUCCGAGGACUGGGUCAAAAUGCGAGGACUAGAAAUCCAGUCCAGUCCGAAUUGGAGCAUUUGGAGGAUUUCAAAAUGACAUCUCGUUAGCCUGAAAACAGACCUACGUUUCGCCCGCCCUAAAAUUCGCGGGUUGACGGAAAGGGUGAAACCACUGGGCGAAACGUAGGUCUGUUUUCAGGCUAACAUCUCGUACGAAUAAAUCACCCUGGGAACGAGGUUGACAAAUCAUUUGUUUAGAUUUUGAACUGCUAUAUUUGUAAAAUAAGACGUACUAUAAACUGAAUAUCUAACACUUUUCUGGGGGUGUGACGGAUAAAAGGCGGACGACGAUCAGCGGAGCAUUUUAUAAUAAACAUAUGAUUACUACCGCAAAUAAUUAUAAUACUCUAAAUUAAAGUAACCAGCCUUAGAUCUGUGAAAUGAAUAUGUUUUCACCCGUUCGAAAUUUUAGCAAUGGAAUUUUUUAAUCAGCAUUCAAUACGUAUAUGUAUGAUAGGAAGCUAUUCGCCGUCUUUCGCGUGAAACUUGUAAAUAAUUCUGUAUAUAACUGCCCUAACACUGCCAUUGAAUUAAUAAAAUACUAUUAGGCGGGGCUAUUACUUGACAUUCGCUUGCUGUCAUUUUCAUACUUUAAAUUGUGCUGACUUGGUCCGAGACACUCGAAAUAAAUCUGGUAUUUCCGCGCACCCCAUGUAUAUGUACUGUUUAAUAAACGAGUAGGAGUGUUUUAUCACAUAUAAAACACGACGCGUAGCGGAGUGUUUUAUAUGUGAUAAAACACGAACUACGAGUUUAUUAAACAGCUUCAAAAACGUCUCAGUUAGAUGACGGCAUUGGCGAAAUAAUUUUCCAAAAUAACUUUGUAUUAGCUGAGAAAAUACAAGUUGAAAUUUGAAGCGUGUUUUAUCACAUAUAAAGACACG